CCCUUUUGUUUUGAAGCCGCAUUGGCUGCAGCCCGCAGUUGGUGGAGUGGCGGCCGAACUUGCAGCUGUUCUGACCGUGCUCCGCCGAGGUAGGAGCGCGGCGCCCACAGCCGCUCUCGCCGGAGGCUGCUGCCCUCGCGGCCGCAGGGGGACCCGGCGAGAGUCUCCACGCCGCCCCUCCCUCCGCCGCCCUGACCCAGCCCGAGCUGGAGGGAUGGAGAACUCCUCCGCAGCAUCUGCCUCCUCUGAGGCUGGGAGCAGCCGCUCCCAGGAGAUCGAGGAGCUCGAGCGGUUCAUCGACAGCUACGUGCUCGAGUACCAGGUGCAGGGGCUGCUGGCAGACAAGACGGAAGGUGAUGGUGAGAGCGAGAAAACGCAGUCCCACAUCUCCCAGGAGGAAGCACUCAAUGGUGGACCACCCAUGAAAGUCUUAACAGAAGAAUGGACAGCGGACUGCAGCCGGCAGCUGGACAACAGCUGUCCCUUCUCCCGAGGGCGAGGCCCCCCGCAGCAGAACGGCAGCAAAGAUAACUCUCUGGACAUGCUGGGCACAGACAUCUGGGCCGCCAACACCUUCGACUCCUUCAGUGGUGCCACCUGGGACCUGCAGCCUGAAAAGCUGGACUUCACCCAGUUCCACCGGAGGCUCCGACACACGCCCAAGCAGCCCCUGGCACACAUCGACCGUGAAGGGUGUGGAAAAGGGAAGCUGGAAGAUGGGGAUGGGAUCAACCUGAAUGACAUCGAGAAGGUCCUCCCAGCCUGGCAGGGCUACCACCCGAUGCCCCAUGAAGUGGAGAUUGCGCACACGAAGAAGCUGUUCCGGAGGAGAAGGAAUGACCGAAGACGGCAGCAGAGACCUCCAGGAGGGAGCAAGCCCCAGCAGCACGGCGACCACCAGCCAGGCAGUGCCAAACACAACAGGGACCAUCAGAAGUCCUACCAGGGGGGCUCGGCGCCCCACCCCUCAGGGAGGCCCACCCAUCACGGCUACAGCCAGAACCGGCGCUGGCACCAUGGCAACAUGAAGCACCCACCCGGCGACAAGGGAGAGGCAGGCACCCACCGCAAUGCUAAAGAGACCGUGACCGUGGGCAGCCCCAAGCUCGAGGACGCCCUGGGGGACACCGGGCACAGCGGCCUCGAGCCCCCCUGCAGCCCCGAUGGCCCGGCCCCAGCGGCUUCUGAGAGGCUGCCCCCGCAGCAGCCGGGAGCCCCGGAGGCCGAGGCAAAGCGUAAAGACAGUGUUACCCCCGAGCGCCUCGGGGAGCGGCCCAGAAUUACCCUGCUCCAGUCUUCCAAAGACAGGCUGCGGCGGAGGCUGAAGGAAAAGGGACCGGACGAGGUGGCCGUGGAGCCCCCCACCCCGCAGCAGAACAAGAUGGACAAGCUGAUUGAGAUCCUGAACAGCAUGCGCAACAACAGCAGCGACGUGGACGCCAAGCUCAGCACCUUCAUGGAGGAGGCGCAGAACUCGACCAACUCGGAGGAGAUGCUGGGCGAGAUCGUGCGCACCAUCUACCAGAAGGCCGUGUCCGACCGCAGCUUCGCCUUCACGGCCGCCAAGCUCUGCGACAAGAUGGCGCUCUUCAUGGUGGAGGGGACCAAGUUCCGCAGCCUGCUGCUCAACAUGCUCCAGAAGGACUUCACGGUGCGGGAGGCGCUGCAGCAGCAGGAUGUGGAGCGCUGGCUGGGCUUCAUCACCUUCCUGUGCGAGGUGUUCGGCACCAUGCGCAGCAGCACGGGCGAGCCCUUCCGCGUGCUGGUCUGCCCCAUCUACACCUGCCUCCGGGAGCUCCUGCAGUCCCAGGACGUGAAGGAAGACGCCGUGCUGUGCUGCUCCAUGGAGCUGCAGAGCACGGGCCGGCUGCUGGAGGAGCAGCUGCCCGAGAUGAUGACCGAGCUCCUGGCCAGUGCCCGAGACAAGAUGCUGUGCCCCUCGGAGUCGAUGCUGACCCGGUCGCUGCUCCUGGAGGUCAUCGAGCUCCACGCCAACAGCUGGAACCCCCUGACGCCCCCCAUCACGCAGUACUACAACAGAACCAUCCAGAAACUGACAGCCUGACAGCCAGGGGCCUGGCGGGCGGCCCGCAGGCAGCUGGGCCCCGGUGCGCGGGCCAGAUGGACAGGCAGGCGGACAGGGGUGGCCCUGGAGAAAGAAACAAACGGGAGGAAGGCAGGCAGAGCCGGAGGCCCGUCCGGAGCCUGGCGGGAAGGGAUCGAAUCCCAGGAUGCCCCCCAUCCGAGCCCCAGCCCCAGCGUGCGGCCGCGGCACGGUCAGGGGAGCAUGUUGCUUUUUCACGGUGGCCCGGCCCUCCCCCUUCACUCCUGCUCCUCCGGCCCCUCCCAGCAAGGAGCCGGCAGGCCUUUGUGCAGGGGUUUCAUCCCCCGACUCCUCCUCCCGCGGGCAGCCGGCGCACCAGGGCACCGCGUGGGUCGGAAAGGACCUCAGAGGCUGGAAAGUGGGUCGGAGAGGCGUGCAUUGUUCCCGCAUGCUGUCAGCCGCAGUCGCCAACUGGCAGCAGGCGACGUGUAGCAGAUGUCCGGGAGGACAAAGGCAGGCACGGUCCCCACCAGCCGCCCGGCAUGGACGGCCUUUGUCCACAGGGUUGAGCUGGGGACAGAGGCAUCCCUUCUCUUCCAACCUUCGCGCUCGCCCCCGCCCCCCCCCAACUUCCAAGUCAUUCUCCCAGACCCCACGCCUGGGGCCUGGGCUGGGAGCAGGCGGGGAGCUGGGGAUUGUAGCUCUCCUUGCGCUCUUUCGUUUCAUUGUGUUAUAUUUUUCAAAAGUCA